UCUGCAUCAUGAAGGUCCCCACGGCUGCCCUUGCUGUCCUUCUCUGCACCAUGGCUCUCUGUAACCAAGUUUUCUCCGCACCAUAUGGUGCUGACACCCCAACCUCCUGCUGCUUCUUCUAUGGCCGGCAGAUUUCCCGCAAAUUCAUCGCCGACUAUUUUGAGACCAGCAGCCUUUGCUCUGAGCCAGGUGUCAUUUUCCUAACCAAGAGAAACCGGCAGUUCUGCGCUGACCCCAAAGAAACCUGGGUCCAAGAGUACAUCGCUGACCUGGAGCUGAAUGCUGGAGAGGCUUCGAGUCAGUGAGGAACCCAGAAGCCUUCACCGGCGCUGUGUGGAGCCGGGGCCCAAGCCUCAGAACACCCUUGCCACCUCCACAACUCCAUUUCCUCAAGCUGUUUGCUGCCAAGU